GCUCUGCUUGGUUGCCAUAUUCUUGCUUCGCUAUUCAUCUUCUACUUCUGUACAAAAGCUCGUCAGUAUUGCUCAUUGAUCGAAUUGAUCCUUUGUGGCAGGUUGCAUCGAUAUCUGGCACCGUCCGCUUCUGCUUUGAAACAGGCACUGCAAUCUCAAUUCGCAGCAUCCUCAACGAGAAAUCGUAAACGCAGACAUAUACUGUAA